AUGCAGAUCCCCGCUAUCUUCGGUAUCUACCUCGUGGCUUUGGCCAGCACCACCGCAGCUAUGCCCCACCUCGCCGGGCCUUACCACGGCCAAAACAUCGCCGUGAAAGUCCCUACCAAUUCAACGGGGGCUCAUAAUGCGACUACGACAGGGACACGAGGCAAAGCACCUCUUGCCACUGGACUGUCAUCGGUGAUUAAGAAAAACAAGAACAAGAACAAGACCAUUCAUGUUGCGCAUGGGUUGAACUCGAUCGAUCAUCCGACGCAAGGGAGCAACCAUUGUAAUGAGUUGUGUUCAUUGGAGGCUCAGACGUGUACUGUUACGAUGCCGGAUGAAGAUCAGUAUUGUUCGGAGAUAUACUCUACCUGCAUCAAGAAAUGUAAACCGGAUAACUUCCAGAAGUAA